AUGGACGCCCUUCUACAGCGCGUCGAGCCCUAUCUGCCCCUGGCCUGUCUCGUCAGAUCGUUAGAGAAGGGCGUACUCCCUCCCCAGCAGUGCUUCCUGGCGCUCCUGAGCAAAGUGUUGGGAUAUGCAAUCAUUGCUGGAGCCACCAUCUUGAAGCUGCCGCAGAUCAUCCUCAUUCUUCAGAAGCGGAGCACAGAAGGACUUGCGACUUCUUCCUUUGAGAUUGAAACAGUUGGCUUCACUAUAGCACUGUCCUACUGCCGAUUCAAGGGCCUGGCAUUCAGUGCAUAUGGAGAGGUGGUGUUUCUGUUGAUCCAAGAUAUCAUUCUCGUUCUUCUAUGUUACUAUUAUGCGCCGAAGAGGGGACCUUCUGUGUGGUUGAAGACGGCCUUGUACGCAGCAAUCGCCCCAGUACUGAUUGGUGGACAAAUCAGCGCUGAGUCUUUUGAGCUUCUCUAUGCUUGUCAGCACGCGGUCUUCAUCAUUGCGCGGUUGCCUCAGCUGUACAAGAAUUACAAGCAAAAGAGCACGGGUCAACUCAGCUUUUCCAGCAGUUUCCUCCAAUUUGGUGGCAUCCUAGCGCGCUUGUUCACCUCCAUCCAAGAAAAGGCGCCGUCUAGCAGUAUCCUCCCUUUACUCUAUGCUCAUGGUUCUCGGGGUGUGCUUCGGCGUUGUCAUGAACAGCAUAGUGAUGUCCCAAUUUUUCCUGUACCGAAACGCACCCAAGAAAACGACGAAGGCGGAGUAGCAACAGGUUUGCACGAGCGAGCGCGAUUUAGACCACAGGUUCAGGUACAGAGGUCGUUGUGCGACAGCUUUGGACGGCUACAAGCGGAGAUUACUUGUCUUUUUGAUUCAGCGGUGGUUUUUGGGGUUUCCACUUUGAUUGCAUGUGUAAAAUGUCUGAACUGGUAA